AAAAUGGCAGCGGUUCAAUCAAAGUCGGAUAACAAGCUCUCUCUCGAAAUAAGGACGAAAUCUGUCGAACAAACGUUGGUGCCAUUGGUCACUCAGAUCACAACUCUAGUCAAUCACCGAGAACAUGCUAAGCUCACAGAACGAACCCUAAAAGCCUUACACAGGGUGGGCCAGGCUGUGCAGUUAGCCGUUGAGAGGUUUGUCACAGUAGGCGAGUCUAUAGGAGAAGACAAUGAAGAGAUCAGAAGUGAUAUGUGUGUUGCCUGCAAGGACGCUAGAACUGCAGGUACAGCAAUAUGUCAGUUGACAGAUCUACUAAAACAGGAAGACCCAUCUAAAUCUCUCUCAGAUAAGACUGGUAUGGUACGGGCUGCUAGACAGUUACUAUCCGCAAUUACAAAGGUGCUCAUAUUGGCAGACAGGGUGGUUGUAAAGGACUUACUGAAAGCCAAAGAUAAGGUACUAGUCAGUCUGAACAAGGUGGAACAUGUCGAUAGUUUCUCAGGGUUUGUUAAAGCAUUCAGCACAUUUGGAACUGACAUGGUUGACUUGGCUCAUCUCACUGGUGACAGACAAAAUGAUUUGAAAAGUGAUAAACACAGAGCUCAAAUGGGGGCAGCGCGAGCAGUAUUAGAAAAAUCAACAAUGAUGCUAUUAACAACUUCUAAGUGUUGUUUACGUCAUCCGGAUUGUGAAGCAGCGGGGCGUAACAGGCAGUCUGUGUUCCAACAGAUGCAUCGAGCCCUAGACCUGGUACAACAAAUUGUGCAAGAUAAAGCAGUUGCCAAUGGUGAUAUGUCCCCCACUCCCACUGUAAAUAGUGACUCUGGAAUAGGCCUAGCCCAACAUCUACCUCUGGCCAGUAGGGCGCUCAAAGAAUUCGAUGAUGUAGUACAAACAACAAGAGUUACCAUGGUAACCAAUUCAACACAUGACCGGCUACAGAGUGCCUUAGAUAUUGUCAUAGAAACAACCCAAGACUUCACAGAUUCCGCAUACACUCCACACCAGGCUAGAGAGAGAAUAUUACAAUUAUGUGAAAAACUAAGAGUAGAAUUAACAAUUCUUAUACGAAUAGGACUUAGCUUAAAUAAUAAAGCCAGCACCUCACCCACACAAGAACUGGAGACUGCAAUUUUAAGAACAUUAGAUAUUUCCAAACUAUUAAAGAAACAGUUACAACAACUAGCAAUGGAGCAGGCCUCAGAUAUAUUUAAACAAAAUGAAGACCACGAGUUAUUAACGUCAUUACGGUUAGCAGGAAUGAAUGGCCAGGAGACACAUGUCAAUGAGAUAUCUGUAAGAUUUGAAGAACAUGCAGAACAAUUACAAGAAGCAUGUAAACUUUUACGCCAUGUUGCAACAUCGGACCCUCUUAUAGUUACCACAGACCACAUAGAAGGCUCUUUGAAGGCACUUACACACCAAGUCAUAUGGUCUUGCCAGGCCCUUAGUUCAAAUCCUGCAAGCAAAAUUGCCAAAGAGAAUUUUGAAGUUUACGCUGAAGCUUGGGCAACUCAGAUCAAUGACUUAUCUGUCCUAGUAAAAGAUGUCAAUGAUGUAUGUGCUGGAAAGAUGGACAAACAAGUGUAUAUGUCCUUACCGCGCCCAGGGAGUUUUAGAGACCCCACUAAGAAACACGGUGCUAUGGCCAAAACUAUGCGACCAAUCAGACUGGAUUCGGAGGAACAAGCCAAGAUUGCCAAACUGGGUCUAGAGAUGAAACUUAUCACAUCUGAAAUGGAUGCGGAAACAGAAAAGUGGGAGGAGCCUAAUAAUGAUAUUGUGAAGCGGGCGAAAAACAUGUCAAGUAUGGCAUUUUCCAUGUAUCUUUUCACAAGAGGAGAAGGACCUUUGAAAACUACACAAGAUUUAUUCAUGCAGGCAGAGUAUUUCGCUGAUGAAGGGAACAAGUUAUAUAAAACAGUACGAGAAUUCUCAUCAAGGGUGCCAGUGGGGAGUGCUAGGUCAGAACUUCUCAACUAUCUGGAGAGGAUACCCCAACUUGGCCAACAGUUGUUGUUUACCAUCAAGUCACCUACAUUCGGAAAACAGGCAACAUUUAAUAAAGUGGAUAAUGCUAUCCAAGAGACAAAGAAUUUGAUGAAUGCUGUUGCCAAAGUUGUCACCACAUGUUUCAUAUGUGCUACUAAAUAUAACAUAGACUACCAGAGCAGCAGCAGUCAUAGUCAGUACAAUAGAUGGCGCAGUCCUCCACAAAUGGACGUCAGAUCUAACGGCAGUUAUGGAAGUGACACUGAAUCAGUACGUAGUGCAGGCGUCCUUUCAGAUGGUAUAUUACGUAGUUCAUCAUUACAGAAGAAUAUGACAACUAUCCAUGCUUUUGAGCAUAUGUAGUGGAACUGACUAAGACCCAUGAGUCAAAUACUAGUAACAAAGGAAUUUGUGGGAUUCCAUGCGUUAAACAACAGAGGUCAGAAUCCCUUGAGUCAAAUAACAGGAGGUUGGGAUCCCACGAGUCAAAUGACAGAGGAGAUUGAGAUUCCAUGAGUCAAAUAACAGAGGAGGUUGGAAUACCAUGAGUCAAAUAACAGAGGAGGUUGGGACCCCAUGAGUCAAGAAGUCAUGACAAAAUAGAUUUGUGCCAAUGGGCCAAAUAACAGGGGAGGUUCAGAGCCCCAUAAGUCAAUUAUCUGUUCAGUUUAAGAUGAUAUUAAUCCAAUAUGUGAGAAAGAUC